CAUAAGCAGAAUUCCCUCUCAGCCUCCGUCAUCCAAAGUGAGUAUCGCGAUCAACGGAGUACUAAGCGUUCCAUCCCGUACUGGAUCAUUGGUGAAGAAGCUGUAUCACGUGACCACGCGACAUUCAACCUCCAGGAUUCAACUAAUUUGAUGGCAAUCCAUUCUGUUCUUGAUACAUAUGAAUUUCUGAACCGCCACUCGACACAUACAAACACACCCUGUUCGCGACCUCAAUAUGUCCGCGCGGAAAGAUUUCCUGGGCCAGCCGGCUCCCGAGAACUAUGUAGCCGGUCUUGGUCGUGGCGCAACCGGCUUCACGACGCGAUCGGAUCUAGGUCCUGCACGCGAAGGCCCCAGUGAAGAGCAGAUUAAGGAAGCGAUCGCAAAGCGAGCCGCCCAGGUGGGUGCAGCGGCACCAACUGCCUACGGCGCCCCCGACAAGAAACCAGAGGAGAACGACGACAACGAACGAUAUCAGGACCCAGAGAAUGAGGUGGGCUUGUUUGCUAGUGGCACGUACGAUCGGGACGACGAUGAGGCGGAUCGGAUAUACCAGGACGUGGAUGAGAGGAUGAACAAGAGACGGAAGAUCAUUCGGGAAGCACGCGAGAACAAAGAGCGCGAGGAUUUCGAGCGGAACAACCCGAAAAUCCAGCAACAGUUCGCGGAUUUAAAACGAGCGCUGGGAAGCGUCACGGACGAGGAAUGGCAGAGUAUCCCCGAGGUCGGUGACUUGACGGGGAAGAAUCGACGAGCAAAGCAGAAUCUCCGACAACGAUUCUAUGCCGUUCCGGAUACGGUCAUUGCAGCCGCAAGGGAUGCAGGGCAGAUGGAUACGACCAUCGCGGAUGAUGCCCAAGCUGGGGAUGCGCCUGGGGGGGAUAUGACGAAUUUCGUCCAGCUUGGCGCCGCACGUGAGAAGAUGCUUCAAGUCCGGCUCGACAACGCGGUGGAGGCGCCCGGAACGAAGACGGAAUCCGGUACUGCGACGACGAUUGACCCAAAGGGCUACCUCACGAACCUCGUGCAGUCCGAGAUGAAGGCCGGCGAACUGAACAUUGGCGAGAUCCAGCGCGUACGGAAACUCCUGGAGUCCGUCCGGAAGACCAACCCGAAGCACGCACCGGCUUGGGGAGCGUCUGCGAGACUCGAGAAAGUCGCUGGAAACCAGGUGACGGCGAGGAACAUUAUCGCGGAAGGUUGUAAGAGGUGCCCGAAGGAUGUGGACUUGUGGCUCGAGAACAUUGCUUUGAACGAUACACACAACGCCAAGAUCAUCGCGGCGCAGGCAAUUUUGUACAAUGACCGAUCAAUAGACCUCUGGCUGGCGGCGAUGAAUCUCGAAACUGACACGCGAGCGAAGAAGAAGGUUCUACGGCAAGCGCUGGAUAACGUCCCUAUGUCAGCGCGCCUGUGGAAAGAGGCGGUGAACUUGGAGGAAGAUCCGAACCAAGCGAAAAUGCUCCUUGCAGCAGCGACCGAGCAGAUACCGCUUUCGAUCGAAUUGUGGCUCGCUUUGGCCCGACUCGAAACCCCAGAGAAUGCGCAAGUGGUUCUCAACAAGGCGCGAAAGGCGGUCCCUACAAGCCACGAGAUCUGGGUGGCCGCAGGCCGUCUACAAGAGCAAAUGGGCCACCGUGACAUGGUCUACAAAGUCAUGGAGCGUGGUAUCAAAUCUUUAGCGAGAGAAUCGGCGAUGCUGAAACGGGAAGAAUGGAUUGCAGAAGCAGAGAAAUGCGAGGCGGAGGGCGCCGUCCUCACAUGCGGUGCCAUUAUUCGCGAAACCCUUGGCUGGGGUUUGGACGAGGAUGACGACCGGAGAGAGAUAUGGAUGGAAGAUGCGCAGCAUAGCAUCCACCGCGGACGACUUGAAACCCCGCGAGCCAUUUAUGCGUACGCGCUACGGGUAUUCGUGAACAAGAAGUCCGUUUGGCUGGCCGCUGCCGAAUUAGAGCGCUCUCACGGCGCGAAUGAAGAGCUCCUGAAGCUGCUCGAGAAGGGAGUCGAAGCCUGUCCGAACAGCGAGGAGAUGUGGCUGCAGCUGGCAAAAGAGCGGUGGUCGGCAGGGGAGACGGACGAGGCCCGACGCGUUCUGGGAAGGGCGUUCACACAGAACCCAAACAACGAGAACAUCUGGCUGGCGGCGGUGAAGUUGGAGGCCGACAACGACCAGAUCGAGCACGCGCGAGGAUUUCUCGCCGACGCGCGACGCGAAGCCGGUACCGACCGCGUAUGGAUCAAGAGCGUCACGUUCGAACGGGUGCACGGCGACACGGACGCCGCGUUAGAUCUCGUCAGCCAGGGCCUCCAACUCUACCCGAAAGCCGACAAGCUGUGGAUGAUGAAAGGGCAGAUCUACGAAGGCCUCCACCGCGUCCCCGAAGCCCGCCAGGCCUACUCGACCGGCACCCGGGCGUGCUCCCGCUCCGUCCCCCUCUGGCUCCUCGCCUCCCGCCUCGAGGAAAACCAAGGCACCAUCGUCAAGGCGCGCUCGAUCCUCGACCGCGCGCGGCUCGCCGUCCCCCAUAACCCCGAGCUGUGGACUGAGUCCGUCCGCCUGGAGCGCCGCGCCAACGACAUGGACAACGCCCACCGGCUCAUGGCGCAGGCGCUCCAAGAAGCCCCCAGCUCCGGGCUCCUCUGGGGGGAGAAGAUCCUGUACUUCGAGGCGCGCACGAAGCGCAAGACGGCGGCGAAGGAGGCAAUAGAAAAGGUCGGGAACGACCCCGUGCUGUUCGUCACGCUGGCGCGCAUCUUCUGGGCGGAGCGGAAGCUGGAGGUGGCGUCGAAGUGGUUCGAGAAGGCAGUCGUGCUGGACAGCGACCGGGGGGAUACGUGGGCGUGGUACUAUAAGUUCCUACUGCAGCAUGGGACAGAGGAGAAGCGGGCGGAGAUGAUUAGGACGUGCGUGGCGAACGAGCCGAAGCAUGGGGAGGUGUGGCAGCGGGUCGCGAAGGAUCCGGGCAACGCGCAGGUGAAGAACGUGGAGGACAUAUUGAAACUCACGGCGGCGCAGCUGGAGUCGGUGUGAUGUUGCUGGUGGCACG